AUGGUGGUGCUUGACCCGAACGCGCGGCUCGGGGGCUCCAACGUCGGGGACAUCUCGGGGCCGCGGGCCCCCGUCGCCGACGCGCCGCUGCCGGGCCGAGGCUUCGACGGUGCCCACCGCUGCGCCGCCCCGGUGCUGAGCCUGGAGGACUGCUGCCUGCGCCGGCUGGGGCGCAGCUGGGCGCGCGUGGAGGCCGCCGCGACGGAGUUCUGCGCAGAGCGCCUGCGGGAGCAGGUGCACUCCACCGUCGCGCGCUUCCGGCGGGUGCGCGAGCUGGCCUUGAAGGAUCGGCAGGCCCGGCGGGAGCGGCAGGAGCCGCUGUCCGGGAGCUCGGGCGAGGAGCCGUGA